CGACUCUGCACCAGAACGAACGCUACAGAGCGGAGUACAAAGGAAUAUGCUCUCACCCAGAACGCUGGCUAUCUUGGUCGCUUUAUCAAGUAUUGCUCAGGGCUAUUUCCAUUCGGAGAGCUCGGCUCUGGAGUGUCUGGACAUUGAAUCACUGAACGGUCUUGAGACGGAGCAACUGAGCUGGCUGGGCAGGAUCCGGUACACCCGGUCUUCCGGCGGAGUGUGGUAUCCAUGCUCCGGCGUUGCCAUCACCCCCCACCACGUCCUCGCUCCCGCCCACUGUGUAAUGUUCCAGGAGAAAAGGGAUAUAUUCAGCUUCUUGGUGGACAAAAAAUUGCACGCCGUCAGUCAAGUCUUCAUUCACCCCGAAUAUCGCCUGGAGAGCUCAACUCACGAUGUGGCGGUCUUAAAGCUUAAUCACAGUCUCAGCUCUUGCCUGGCUCUGUCCGAGGUCGAGGGCUUCGAAUCCCUGAUUGGCCAGCGCUUGGAUGUGGUCAGCUCGGCGGAGAAGCACCCGAAGAACGUCCACGCCCAGGCCAAGGUUACGGGUCAAUCAUACUGCCAGCGUAAAUUUAAGGAUUUUAAAAUCUCUGAGAACGAGGUGUGUGCGCACCUCCUCCACCGAAACAAUGAGUUUCUGAAUGGUGCAGCUUUGUUGGGGGUCAAAUGGUUAAGCGGAACUGAGUCCUGGCGCCUACUUGGAAUAUCAACACACGGACCCUACGAAAGGAACAACCAGGUGCCUGACCUAUAUACUCUUGUUGCCCCGUACGCAAAGUGGAUUAAGAAUAUAACCAAGAUGUACUGAUUUCCAAUCCAUUCUAGGUCCUAAGGUUUAUUUAUUUAUUUGCUUACUUUCACACUGUAUGCUUACUUGUAAACUGAUAAGCAGAAGUAUAACCCAAUGCAAGAAUUCUUGAAAUAAGAUUCAGCUCUUUUAUCAACUUUACAGUUUUGUUUAGUGAGACCGCUGGUUAUUUUUAGCACUGAAAUCAUAUUUUCCAGAGCAACGUUUUGCACUAAGCUCCAGAUCAGUCUUAAUUCUGUCACAGAUCAACGCAAACGAGAUGCCAGCCAGUCACUGCCUGUUUCUUGUUGUGGCAUUCGUUGUACUUGCCAUAAUUACUAAGGUGAUUUUCGGAACGGUAACAUGUGGCCGUCUGGCUGAGACUCAGCUGUACAAUAACAAACCAUUCACGGAGCAGGACGAGCACUCUUGGCUAGGACGUAUCAUCUAUAGAUAUGUGAACGGAUCAUCCACAUACCGCUGUGCUGCCGUCCUUCUUGAUUCUCGCAAUGUCCUGGCGCCCGCGCUCUGCUUGAAGGGCAAGGCCAUACAAGAGCAUACUCCCCACGCGGUGACGUUUGAAACUCCGGAGUGCCUAUCAGUCGGAUCGGUGCCGAGGGCUUUUGAAAUUGAAAGGAUCUUCGUUCCCCCAGAAUAUAACGAGACCGCCUAUCAGAACGACCUGGCCGUGAUCCGACUGGCGGAAGAGGUGCCCUUCUCGAAGACAGUCCAGCCCAUAUGUUUGCCUCAGUCCGCAGAGAAUUCACGGGCGUUGGCCGGAAUGAACUUGGAACUGAUUGGCCACGAACUGGGGAACUACCGUCCGGACAGUCUGCGCGUCAAGACACAUGCCCACAUGCUAGAUCAAACGUUGUGCCAGAAGUUGUACCAGCAGAUUUCUCCGCAACAAAUCUGUGGCUAUGUCAGUGGAAGUCCCUUGCAGGCAGGAUCCAUUCUGGUUGGCGUUCGCCUCAUCGACGGCGAGCCUGUACAAUAUUACCUUAUCGGGCAUCUGUUGGCCGGAUACAAUGAGAUAGUCGACGGAGCAGACCUCUUUAUGUACAUCGCACCCUAUAAGGAUUGGAUAGAGAAAAUAAUGAAGACCGAAAAUUAAAACGAUUUGGUGGUUCAAAGCAUUUUAAGAAU